UCACAAACCCCUUAUUUUCUUGCAAAGAUCAUGUCUUUAUGCUUGUGAUAGAUAAGGGUUUAUGGAUGAAAUAAGCACUUGGGGGGUUUUAUUGCAAAAACCGAAACUAUAGGGGCUUAUUUGCAAAACUCGUGGGUUUGAAAUUUUUUGGGGGCUUUUAUGCAAACAUGAACUGAAAUUUGGGAGGCUUGGGUUCAUGUUUGUUUCCUCAAGAAAUGGGGGUGUUUUGUGCAAGAGGAUUAAAGGGUUAUUUGAGGGGUUUAUUUGCAAAACAGCCCCUAAAUGUUUUUAGAGGGGUUUAUUUGCAAAAUGGCCACGAAUUUGGGGCUGAAGUACACAAAGCUUAAACCCUAGACCCCUGAUCGAAUUUUUGGUAAAAGCAUGUGGAUGCAAAACCCAAAAGUUCGUGGAGGGACUUUUAUGUAAAAUUGACCAAAUUCUGCAAAAGGGCUCAUUUGCAAAAUUUGAUCAAAAUUAUAGGGUACCGGGAUGUUAGAUGAUCAAGUAUGAUGACCAUGACCCGGGUCAUACGUGUCCUUGACCUGAAUUUGGCCUUGAGCACGAGGGGUAUUUCGGGUAUUUCACCAAAAUUUACUGCGAGACGACGAUUAUCGUUUCGCGUGCACGAAAUUCGUAGGUUUAAUUAGACUUUAACUACAAAAUCCUAUUUGUUAUUAGGAUUUCGAGUCCAAGUGCUUAAUUUCCCUUUUUCCGAUAUUUCGUGUAUAUAUAUCGUACCUGAUGUACUGCUCUUCAUUGCAGAUUCCCGAUGUCUCCCCGUCGGUCUCGACCUUCCGGGAGUCACCCUUGCUCGCAGCAUGGCAUGGAGGAGGCUCCUACGACAUCGUCUCCAGUGACCUCCUGCUUUGGGGUCGAUUUUCCCGGUGGUAGCUUUCCUGUUCAUGCGAACACCGGUUGUAGCCGUGAGGUCUUUUCGUCGACUUCUGCUAGGCGGGUGGUUGAUCCGUUCCCGCAGUUUGACAGGGAUCGUUCAGACGAGUCCUGUCGCCUGAUACGAGAUGGGGGGCGUCACUGUUUACGCCAGCUCAUUACUGACGCUCCUUUUACCGCGGAUGCUACGUCCACCCAGGCUUUGAAGAAGCCGGACUUCUUGUUCGGUGAUCAUGUGGAGGAUCCCGACACAUUGACUUUCUCAGAGGAGCAUUGGCUAAAUCUUGAAGAGAGUGCCCUUCUAUAUAUUCCUUCCGUUCCUCGUCAUUGUUCCUUUACUCAUCUGGAGGGACAAGGUGUGGAAAGACGGAUGUCUUGGGAACUCACUGAUGACGCUGUGCGGGUUCAGUGUGGGUAUGUUUCUCAUGGGAAGACCCCUGGUUCAGGCGGAUAUCAUCCUGUUCGUGGUCUACGACCCGGGAUCAUGGGCCUUGACGCCGCACCCCCAGACGAGAUGUUUACAGUUGCUUCUACAGUGAGGAACAGGUUGGCUCUCCUCGGGAGAAGGCUUCCUCACCCGGAGUUCCGAUGCUAUGGUUGGGCUUCUUCUUUACCCAAGGGGUGGUGGCCCCGUAUGACCGACUAUGUCUUGGGCCAUUGGGAGAAGAUUCUGAAGAGCAGUGGCCUGUAUGUGCCUAUACGGGCUACUAUGUAUGGACUCCCCGUCAGCUGCCGCCAUUUCUUGGCAUUGUUGGAGACGUACAUGCCUGAUAGCAACACCUUUCUGACCGGUGACGGAGAGUUGGGGUUAGCUCUCCAUGAGAUGCAUCAGGUUUCCGGUCUUCUGAUGGGAGAUUACCCCUAUCAGGAGUACUUUCCUUCGAACCAGCAGUUGUGGCGGUUGAAGCAUGAUGAUCCCGAUAUGUAUGCUACCCUCUGGGACCUCACCUGUCACUAUCAUACUGCCUUGAUCCAGAUUUCUCCUCCCGCGAAGACCAAGAGGAAGAUUAGCUUGAAGCAGUUCGCCACUUAUCUGUUCCAGAACUUGGAGGGUAGUUCCAGUGAUCCUGUUCGUGAGCGAGAUAUUUUGACUGUCACUGCCGUUAACGAGUUGGUGGAGAAGAGCGGGGCCCAAUCCUAUACCAUUGCCAGCGCUGAGGGAGCUUUCCCCGCGGGAACCAAGUUUCGUUCGUUCCUUUGCCGAGCGCAGAAGUCCAUCGAGCCUCGGUCUCUGUUGGCAGGCUAUCUUGCACUCUGGUUGAAGAAGUGCGUUGUUCCUUACCAGUCUUCGGAUGCCUUACCUCUUGAGGUGCUUUUUCCCGCGGUUCAGUUGGCUUAUGGGAAAGAGCUUUCUUUGCUCCCGGCGAUGGUUGCCAGCAUUCUUUGCGGGCUUAGGAGUGUGGUCCGUAGCUUUACUCAGGUGGGUCUUGAGCCAUCUACUGGGCUUAUCUGUCCUAAGGUUGAGCUUCCCUAUGCAUAUCUGAUGGCAUGGCUCGUUCUUCAUCGCCCUGACCUGAUGUCAGCGCCUAGUGCUGUUGAUGUUCCCGUCCCAUAUCUGCAGCUGUUGGAGAAGAGCAGAUGGCUCGGGAAGAAAUUUGAAGACGUUCACUGCAAGUGGCUCCUCUCUGCUUAUGAAUUCAUUGGCGUGAAGAGCCUUUCAGAGUUAGAGUCCGAUUACUUAAUGCGGGCCGCCAUGAUGGCUGCUCGUAAAGCUGAGAUUGCUCGGAAGCAGGGGAAGAGACGCGGUAAAUCUUCUCUCAAUGAUGAGGUCGAGACUCCUGAGGGGAGUAGAACCACUGGCGAUCACGAGCCACGUGCUUCUCAUUCUGCGAGCGCAGGGCUUGGAGAUCGAGUUGCUAAGUAUUAUGUACAAAGCCACACCAUUGUCGAUGUGUAG